AUGCAUGUGAUCUAAUCAAAAGCCAAACUCUCCUUGUCUUGCUAUAUUAACAAUCAUUUGAUCCACACCACCAGAGAUUUCAAUCUUCCUCUCCUUCUUCCUUUGCUACUCUUUUUUUAGAUCGUUGCUUGCAAAUAACGUAAUAUUUCCGACAAGCCCUUCGUCCAAUCUUUAUUAGCUCGAGGAAGGGUGGGUGGUGUGUCGAGCAUUCAGGAAGCCAAUUCCAAACCAGAGGCCAUUAGGGUACGAGCCAUGGCAGAACCAGCUAUACCACGUUGAAAGUAGUAACAACUACUCAUCUUCAGUGACAAUGAACACGAGUCAUCAUAUCGGUGCAUCUUCAUCGAACCAUAACCUUAAUCAAAUGCUCAUGAGCAAUAACCACUACAAUCCUAAUAAUGCAUCCUCAUCGAUGCAUCAAUAUGGCAACAUCGAGCUACCUCAGCUGGACAGCCCAAGCUUGUCGCCGAGUCUAGGGACGAAUAAAGAUCAGAACGAGAGUUUCGAGCAAGAAGAAGAGAAGAGCUUUAACUGUGUGGAUUGGAGAACACUAGAUACCUUGCUUGAGACACAAGUCAUACAUCCACAUAACCCUAAUGUUCUUAUGAAUUCGUUCGAAACACAGUCGUAUCAUCCGGCGCCGAGCUUCCCUUCCAUGCAUCAAAACUAUAAUGAGGUCGAAGCCAAUAUUCAUCAUUCUCUUGGAUGCUUCCCUGACUCAGACGAAGAGCUUGGUGUUAUAUCUGACGAUGAUGAUUCUCCAUCGGGAAAAAGAUCUAAACUUGAUCGCUUCCCUCUUAGCCGGUGGGAACUCGCUGUUUCUCUCGGUGUCUUCCUCGUCUUCUCCUCUGGUCUCUGUUGUAUCUAUAUGACCAUGCCUGCUGCUGAAUUUGGCAAGCUUAAGCUUCCAAGAAGCAUCGCUGAUCUCCGUUUGCUCAAAGAUAAUCUAGCAAACUAUGCGAAUGAGUAUCCGGCGCAGUUCGUUUUAGGGUAUUGUGCGACAUACAUUUUUAUGCAGACCUUUAUGAUUCCAGGGACUAUCUUUAUGUCAUUGUUAGCUGGAGCUCUCUUUGGAGUAUUCAAAGGUGUUGUCUUGGUUGUUUUCAAUGCAACUGCGGGAGCUACUUCGUGUUUCUUUUUGUCGAAGUUGAUUGGUCGGCCUUUGAUUACUUGGCUAUGGCCUGACAAAUUAAGAUUCUUUCAAGCAGAGAUUAGUAAGCGUAGAGAUAAGCUUCUGAACUAUAUGUUGUUUUUGAGGAUAACACCAACUCUGCCAAAUCUUUUUAUCAAUCUUGCGUCUCCUAUAGUCGAUGUACCUUUCCAUGUCUUCUUUUUGGCGACAUUGAUUGGUCUCAUUCCGGCAGCUUAUAUAACCGUUAGAGCUGGCCUUGCUAUUGGAGAUCUCAAAUCGGUGAAAGAUCUGUAUGAUUUCAAGACAUUGUCAGUACUUUUCCUCAUCGGGUUUAUCUCUAUUCUUCCAACGAUACUGAAAAGAAAGAAGAUUGUUGAAUAACCAAGGAGAAGCAUCUUUCAAUACAGAGGCUUAACCUUCAAUGCUAUACAGAGGACAAGAAUACACUUAACUUGUUAGA